AUGUUGGACCGCCUGUCUAGGCGACGGCCAGCGGCCCUCGUCAUGGCCGUGACGAUAUUCUUCUUGUUUGCAUGGUCGCUUUCUCACAUGAAAGCUACGCCAAUAUCGCAGAAUCAAGGGGACACAAGAUCGGAUCCUUACCAAACACAGAAGCAGCCCCCGAGUCCAGAACCGCAAAUACAUACCCAGGGCACAACGCCAGCAGAAGCGGUCUCGGAAGCUGCUCCUGCUACAGCGAAGAGCGGUUCUACUCCAAAGGUCUACUCCGAUACAUCAACACACCCAAUCAAGUAUCUCACACAGAAUGCGCAGCGGCAGUUUGACCAAGCUGUAUCGAAACAGUCAACAACACUGGAGGCGGCCGUAAGGGAAUAUCGCAGGCGAUAUGGCAUCUCCCCACCUCCCCACUUCGACAAGUGGUUUGAAUUCGCAAAAAUCAAUAAUGUUCAUAUGAUUGACGAAUUUGACAAUGUACAUGACCUCCUCACGCCGUUUUGGGGCUUGAAGCCGGCCACGAUUCGCGGCCGCGCCAAGGAAGCUUUGGGCUUCGACAACUCGCUACUCGGCAUCGCUAUCCGUGAAAAUUCCGUGGCAUUUACCGCUGGCGGGCCAGAAUGGCAGAAGAAUGCUACUGUGGGAAUGCUCGAGAAGGUGUUGCCCUAUCUUCCUGAUAUGGAUAUCGCUUUCAACCUGCACGACGAGCCACGCGUUGUGCUGCCUCACGACGAUCUGACACGGCUCGUCGAUAAAGCGCGCCGCGUGACCAUGCCAGCGGCCGCGAACCGAAAAUCGCCUGUCAACGACUUCACAGCCACGUCGCCAGAGCUGAGUGAGAAGGAGCGGUUUGACGAGACCAAGCUGACCCGCUUCAACAACAUUCACCGUCAAGCCACCUGGACAAACUCGCGCAUGUCUUGCGCCCCAGACAGCCCGGCGCGGAUGCUCGAGGACGACGUCGGACCAGAUGAUGUACGAAAGUACACUCUGAGCGAGGCUGGUUUUGUGGACAAUGUCACGGCCAUGUCAGAUAUCUGCUUGACGCCUUCGUUGAGUCAGACGUACGGGUUCUUUGACCGCCCCAACAUGUAUAAGGUGACGCACGAUUUAUUCCCCAUCUUCUCACAGUCCAAGAUCUCGUCGUAUGCCGACCUGGUGUACCCCUCCCCGUGGUACUGGUACGGCAAGGUCGAGUACAACGAGACGCUGGACAUGCCCUGGGCCGACAAGAAGGACAAGCUCUUCUGGCGCGGCUCCACGACGGGCGGUUUCAGCCGCAACGGCGGCUGGCGGCGCCAGCACCGCCAACAGUUUGUCGAAAAGAUCAACGGCGCCGGCGACGCGCCCAUAUUUACGGACAGCACCGUCGAGGGCAGCGACGGCCACCGCUGGGCCGCGGCACAGGUGCCGCGCGGCGACCACCGCAAGCUGACCGACGUGCACUUUUCGCACGUCGGCCAGUGCGACCCGGGCGACUGCCAGGCGCAGAAGCAAUUCUUCAAGGUCAAGGACGUGGUCGACAUGCAGUACGCGUGGCGCUACAAGUUUCUGCUCGACAUGGACGGCAACGCGUUUAGCGGACGCUUCUACUCGUUUUUGCAGAGCCGCAGCCAAGUCUUCAAGCUCGCCCUGUUUCGCGAGUGGCACAGCGACUGGCUCCGGCCUUGGCUGCACUAUGUGCCCCUAAGCAUCCAAGGCGGCGACUGGCUCGCCGCCGUGCACUACUACGGCGCCACGGACGAGGGCGGCGCGGCGGCGGCCGGCAUGGCGGACGCGAGUCGGACGUGGGCGGGCAAGACGCUCCGCCGAGUCGACAUGGAGGCCUGGUUCUUUCGGCUGCUGCUAGAAUAUGCACGAGUCAUAGAUGACAAUAGAGACGUGAUUGGCUUUGACAUGGCCAGCGCAGACAAGAAACUGCCCCCCGAGGCACAAAAGACGAGGCCCAAACGAAGCUCAAGUUGA